AAGAUGUCUAAAGUGAGUUUUGAGCCGCCAACGCGUGUCUCCAAUACUUUUAUUCUGAAGUGUUAUACCGGAAAUAGCGGCUCUCUCCAUAUCCGCUCAGCCUCGUGCGGUUAUUAAGAUGUCUAGUGUGAGUUUUGAGCAGCCAACGCGUGUCUCCAGACUUUUAUUCUGAAGUAUUACACCGGAAAUAGCGACUCUCCCCAUAUCCGGUCAGUCUUGUGCGGUGAUUAAGAUGUCUAAUGUGAGUUUUGCGCAACCAACGCUUGUCUUAAGACUUUUAUUUUGAAAUGUCAUACCGGAAAUAGCGGCUCUCCCCAUAUCCGGUCAGCCUCGUGCGGUGAUUAAGAUGUCUAAUGUGAGUUUUGAGCAGCCAACGCGUGUCUCCAAGACUUUUAUUCUGAAGUGUCAUACCGGAAAUUGCGGCUCUCCCAUAUCCGGUCAGCCUCGUGCGGUGAUUAAGAUGUCUAAUGUGAGUUUUGAGCAGCCAAUGCGUGUCUCCAAAACUUUUAUUUUGAAGUGUCAUACCGGAAAUUGCGGCUCUCCCCAUAUCCGGUCAGCCUCGUGCGGUGAUUAAGAUGUCUAAUGUAAGUUUUGAGCAACCAACGCGUGUCUCCAAGACUUUUAUUCUGAAAGUGUUAUACCGGAAAUCGUGGUUCCCUUCAUAUCUGGUCAGCCUCGUGCGGUGAUUAAGAUGUCUAAUGUGAGUUUUGAGCAGCCAACGCUUGUCUCCAAGAGUUUUAUUCUGAAGUGUUACACCGGAAAUAGCAGCUCUCCCCAUAUCCGAUCAGCCUUGUGCAGUAAUUAAGAUGUCUUAAGUGAGUUUUGAGCAACCAACGCUUGUCUCAAUACUUUUAUUUUGAAAGUGUUUUGAGCAGCCAACGCGUGUCUCCAAGACUUUUAUUCUUAAGUGUUAUACCGGAAAUUGCAGCUCUCCCCAUAUCCGGUCAGCCUCGUGCGGUGAUUAAAUAGCCUAAUGUAAGUUUUGAGCAACCAACGCUUGUCUCAAGACUUUUAUUUUGAAAGCGUUAUACCGGCAAUAGCGGCUCUCCCCAUAUCCGGUCAGCCUCGUGCGGUGAUUAAGAUGUCUAAUGUGAGUUUUGAGCAACCAACGCGUGUCUCCAAGACUUGGAUCGCUCUCAGAAGACUUGACAAAAACGAUGACAGAGUGGUGGCUCUGCGUGAGGUCUCCAUCCCUCCGACGGCCGACGUGCCCGCCAUCGUGCAGAUCAUCGCCGCUUCCUUCGGCCUCAGCUCCUCGGACGUCAUCUUCAAGAUCAGGAACCAACGUGGGAGUCUGAUACCUUUGAACGGCUCCAUCCCUGCGAACAGCAAGCACAUGCCUUAUUUGCUCGAGGUGGCCAAGAUCUUUCAGCAUGUGCAUCCGACCCCUAAAAGCAUCCCCAUGACCGUGAUCAACAAGAGCAUGAAGACCAGGCUGCACACCAUCGACAAAAGGAUCCAAAGACUGGAAGAGCUUCUGCCUCAGAUCAAACUCAGACGCAGUGAAAAAGUCACCCAGGAAAUCGAAUGUCUCAACCAGAAGUUGAUGUUUCUUCAUAAGAGAAUGCAGGUGGCGGAUUCGCACACGUGGAAAGGAAUGCUAACCCGAGCGCCCCUGUGGUGAACCUUGUGAAAUGGGGAGUAAUUCAAUAAUAUUUAUAUUUUAACAUGAAAUUUUACCUUUUUGAGUUUGAUUUGGAAAUUUAAAAAAAUGAAUAAAAAGAGAUAUGGUCACCUAAAUUAACUUGAUUAUUUAUUUAUGUUCAUAUAAAUAUAAAUAUAUACAUAAAUAUAUAAUAAACUUAAGUAAUUCAUUAAAAAGGUCCAUUCAUGAAAUCUGAAAU